CACCGGGAUCCCAGGGCGCUCUCAGGCUAAACCCCGUGCUUUGUCUUCCCGGGCCGGUCCUGAAGACCCAGCGCUCGGACCGAUGAUAAAAUUUGAAGCCGGAAGAGUAAAUAAAAUCUUCAGAAGUAGGAACUUAGUUUGAUAAAAUCAAGGUAAACAGGGGCCGGAGGCGCUUCACUUUCCUGCCCGAUACUCAUUUGCCUACCUAGAAUGAAAGUUCAAGGAAAGCAGGUGCACGUCUCAAACUUUCUGAGACAAAAGGACCCAACUGCUAAGUGAAGACUGAGUGGCCAAGACGGACCAAGCAAACGAUGAAAAUACCUUUGGGAAAUUUAAUGAAGAAAAGAUAAUCGAAUUAAGGAAGUAACAGCUAGCAGUCGCCACUAUGUUGACAGGCUAUUUGAUCCUGAUCCCCAGAAAGUGCUACAAGGUGUCAUAGACAUGAAAAAUGCUGUAAUUGGAAACAACAAGCAGAAAGCCAACCUCAUUGUUUUAGGAGCUGUUCCAAGAUUGUUGUACUUGCUUCAGCAAGAAACCUCAAGCACAGAGCUGAAAACUGAGUGUGCAGUGGUAUUAGGAAGCCUUGCUAUGGGUACUGAAAACAAUGUCAAGUCUCUACUGGACUGCCAUAUUAUCCCUGCCUUACUGCAAGGACUACUGUCCCCUGACCUGAAGUUCAUUGAAGCUUGCCUCCGAUGUCUGCGGACCAUCUUCACCAGUCCUGUCACUCCAGAGGAGCUACUGUAUACUGAUGCCACAGUGAUACCACACCUCAUGGCACUACUUAGCAGGUCUCGCUAUACCCAGGAGUACAUCUGUCAGAUCUUCUCACACUGCUGUAAAGGGCCAGAUCAUCAAACAAUUUUAUUUAAUCAUGGUGCAGUUCAGAAUAUUGCUCACCUACUAACCUCACUAUCCUACAAGGUUCGAAUGCAAGCACUGAAAUGCUUCUCCGUUUUAGCUUUUGAAAACCCCCAGGUAUCGAUGACCCUGGUGAAUGUUUUGGUUGAUGGAGAAUUAUUGCCACAGAUUUUUGUGAAGAUGUUACAGAGGGAUAAGCCUAUUGAGAUGCAGCUCACAUCGGCAAAAUGUUUAACUUACAUGUGUAGAGCAGGAGCAAUUCGGACAGAUGACAGCUGUAUUGUGUUAAAGACAUUGCCUUGUUUGGUUCGAAUGUGCAGUAAGGAGAGAUUGCUAGAGGAGAGAGUUGAAGGAGCUGAAACACUCGCCUAUCUGAUUGAGCCAGAUGUUGAGCUGCAGAGAAUCGCUAGCAUAACUGACCACCUCAUUGCCAUGCUUGCUGAUUAUUUCAAGUAUCCCAGCUCAGUGAGUGCCAUCACUGAUAUUAAAAGGCUUGAUCAUGACUUAAAACAUGCUCACGAACUCCGCCAGGCUGCAUUCAAGCUCUAUGCCUCUCUUGGAGCAAAUGAUGAAGACAUCCGGAAGAAGAUCAUUGAGACUGAAAAUAUGAUGGACCGAAUUGUGACUGGCUUGUCUGAGUCUAGUGUCAAGGUGCGGUUAGCUGCCGUCAGAUGUUUGCACAGUUUAUCCAGAUCUGUGCAGCAACUUCGAACCAGUUUCCAGGAUCACGCUGUAUGGAAGCCUUUAAUGAAGGUUUUACAAAAUGCACCUGAUGAAAUCCUUGUAGUAGCAUCUUCUAUGCUAUGUAAUCUUCUUCUUGAAUUUUCUCCAAGCAAAGAGCCAAUUCUAGAAUCAGGAGCCGUAGAGCUACUUUGUGGAUUAACCCAGAGUGAAAAUCCUGCUUUACGAGUGAACGGAAUUUGGGCCUUAAUGAAUAUGGCAUUUCAGGCUGAACAAAAAAUAAAAGCAGAUAUUUUACGAAGCUUGAGUACUGAACAACUAUUCCGGUUAUUAUCAGAUUCAGAUUUGAAUGUGCUGAUGAAGACUUUGGGACUUCUUAGAAAUCUCCUGUCUACUCGGCCUCACAUAGAUAAAAUAAUGAGCACUCAUGGAAAGCAAAUUAUGCAAGCCGUCACCCUUAUUCUGGAAGGGGAGCAUAACAUUGAGGUCAAAGAGCAGACAUUGUGCAUACUAGCCAACAUAGCAGAUGGGACAACAGCAAAAGAGCUUAUUAUGACCAAUGAUGACAUCCUGCAGAAGAUCAAGUACUACAUGGGUCAUUCACAUGUCAAACUGCAGCUUGCCGCCAUGUUUUGUAUAUCAAACCUCAUAUGGAAUGAAGAGGAAGGUGAGAUUGGGUCACAGGAACGCCAGGACAAACUACGAGACAUGGGCAUCGUAGAUAUUCUGCACAAACUGAGUCAGUCACCAGACUCAAACCUUUGUGACAAGGCAAAGACGGCACUGCAGCAGUACCUGGCAUGAUGGGAGCGUCCCUGGGCACCUGCGAGCAUCCCACACCCUUGUUUAAGGAAGUACAGGAACUAGCCUCAGUUGAUUCCUUCUAUUUGCACAAGUCACCUUGGACUGCAGGGAGCUGUUUUGCAAAAGCAAUUUCAUAGGCUUAGAUCUCAAAUUCAUCUUGAGAACAUUUUUUGAGGUAGUAAUUUCCUCAGAGGACUGUUGUGUUUUGUUUUGUUUUGUUUUCUGAGCUACCUGGACUCUUUAUUAGAACAAUCAAUCAUUUUCCUUUGGACCUACAAUUUUUUGCCUAUGCUGCAGCCACUUUGUGAGUGAGAAUGAUUGUGUCUGUGUGGACACACAGGGAGUAUGUGUGUGAGUAUGUGUGUGUAUCAGAAUGAGUGGAUGUGUGUGAGGGAUACCUCAGAUUUUUCUUUUCUUAUUUUGUGUGAAAAUCUCUUUUCUACAGAUUUUCCAGGGUUUAAGCAUUGCUUGCUGUAUAAAGAAAAACUUUACUGAAUUAUAUACAGUUUGAAUGAAAUGUUAUUUUAAAAACAAAACAAUUGUUUAGUGUUCCAUAAAGGUUAUGUUGAAUUUUGGUCAGAUGAAUAUUUGUAAGUAAAAAAUAUAUGCAUUUCUGAACCUCAA